CUCCCUCUCGUAGUCAUAGACGCGCAUACAUCCGUCUUCUCUUCUUUCUUCUCCCCUCACUCUGUCAGGGGUUUUCGCAGUACCAUGUACUGAUGUACCUCCCUUCCCUAUAGCUAGCUGCUUUGCUCGUGCAUCUCGAAGGUCGCAGUCCUGGUUGCCUAGCCUAGCCCGAAGCUGAGAACUUCCCGUGCAUUGCCAAACUGAUGGCGUCUCGGGGAGGAGGAGGAGCGCAUGCUAGCCGGCCGCCGCUGAGGGUGGGGCGCACCAAGGAGUACCGCAUGGGCAGGGACACGCAGCUACUCGCCGCCCAGGGCUCGCCGGUGAGCCUCUUCGUUCUCUGUGGCGACCGGUUCGAGGGUUCGCAGCUGUUCCGCUCUGGCGAACUGUCGGUGCACAUGAUCCGGGUCGAGGGCCACCCCGUGUCCAUGGCCUCUUGCACCGUCGGUGACCACCAGUGGAUGCUCGCCAGGGACGCACUCGUUGCGCGCGUUGACGCCCGCGUCUUCGUCUUCGAGCUGCCGGGGUUCUUCUACGCAGUCGUCGUGCCGCCGGACGACGCCGUCGGCUCCGGGGCCGCGGAGAGGAAAUGCGCCACACUGGCCGAGAUCUUCUCUCGGUUCUGCGCGUACCAGGAUCUCUCCAAUGCAGAAGGUGGAGAAGAAGCCGGCGACCAGCAGAGCCAGCACUGGAACCCAUGGGUUCGCGCACACGCUAGGAUACAGCGCCUCGGGAGGCCCACUACGAUGCCCGGCCGGGCAACCGCCGACGCGCCUGCCGCCAUCGGCAGCGCCAGGCAGAUGGAGCGCGCCGUGCGCACGUCGGCCGUUGUGAAGCUGCUCAACCGUUCCCUGCUCGCCGGCGCGCUCCAGCCCGCGCGGCACCUGACAAUCACCCUCGGUGCCGGUGUCGGCGCUGGCGCUGUUCGCGGCACAAGCGCACUCCCCACUGCCUUCGCCGCGGCGCUGCCGAGUAAGUCCGUCGUGUCCGACCUGCUCGACGCCAUCGAGACGAGCCGGACGAACGCGCCCCGCCGCGAGGCCCGCCGUGGCAACGGCCCGGGCUGGUGGAGCCUCAACGUCGAGGGCGUCAUGAUGCUGCUCAGAGUCGUUCAGGCGAUCCGGGGCAGGAGGCUGCCAGCGGCUCUGGGUGUGGGCACGAAGAGACCGCGCGAUGAUGGGAACGGAGGCGCCGGGCACGAUGGUCUCAAAGGUGGCAGCGGCGUUGGACCGGCGCUCGGCGGCAGCGGGGCACGUCGGUGGUGCGGCGGGAAGCAGAGGAAGCUGGGGAACACGGUGGGUGCAUGGGGAAGCUCUUGACAAGGUUUAGUUGGCCCCAAAGGGGACCGGAGAAUUAAGUGGUUAUUAAGGAGUUCUUUUAGGUUUUCUGGAGCCAGGCUUAAUUAGCUCGUUCAUCUGUACAUUUAGAUGCAUGAUAUAGUGCUAAGUGUGCUAAGACCUAAGAAUGAUCAUGCUUAAUUUAAUCAUUAUCUCUCUAGCUAACCUUCUAGCCUUU